CAGAAGGCAAAAGAGAAUAGGAGGAGUAAGAGGGGAGGUGGACUGUAAAAUCAGCUUAUGAAGACUCAGUUGAAGAUCCCUGACAGGGCUGACAUGGGCAGGGCAAAUUACUGAGCACAGCUGAUGACUACAGGUAUAAAUCCACCCCUGGUUGUCAUAACAACCAGAACAUGACCAGUUGGCAGCCAGGUUUGUGAAGCAGUCGUGGAGGGACUGGACCUGUGGACUGGACAUGAGGAAGCUGAAAAUCCUCCUGUCUGCCUGACGGUCCAAUAUGGUCUUCUUCCAGUGGCCCAUCCGGCAGCCUCUCCGAGUCUUCAUCCUUCUCAUCCUGUGGCAGUCGCCGUGCUGGUGUCAGUUUGACGUGUGUCGCUCUCUGCGCAGCACAGACCCGGAGCCAUGGUGGGAUUUUUACGCAUGUCAGCCUCCUCCAACCAACAUGAAGGAGUUCAUGCAGAUCAGAGUUGACCCCCCCGGGAUCACCUGUGGAAACCCACCUGAGAGAUUCUGCACUCUGGAAAAUCCGUAUCUGUGCAGUGAUGAGUGUGACGCAGCCAGCCCUGACUUGUCUCACCCCCCUCAGUUGAUGGGGGACAGAGAAAGGGGGGGGCUCAUCACCUACUGGCAGACAGUCACAUGGUCCAGGUAUCCUGAGCCCUUGUUGGCCAACAUCACGCUGUCCUGGAACAAGAGUCUGGAGGUGGUCGAUGACAUCAUCAUCACCUUCGAGUAUGGCCGACCGACCAUGCUGGUUCUGGAGAAGUCCAUGGACAAAGGUACAACAUGGCAGCCAUACCAGUACUACUCUGAUGACUGUCUCGAGGCCUUUGGCAUGUCACCUAAACAAGUUUCUGAUUUGGCUCCAAGUAACUUGACCCGAGUCAUCUGCACUGAGCAGUACUCUCGUUGGGUUGGGGCCAAGGAGGAGAAGAAUGUGGUGUUUGAGGUGCGAGCUCGAUUUGGUGUGUUUGCUGGUCCAAAGCUAAUCAACAUGGAUGCUCUGUACACCCGGAUGGAGACGAUGAAAGGUCUUAGAGACUUCUUCACCUUCACCAACCUCCGACUGCGACUGAUGCGCCCGGCACUGGGAGGAACCUAUGUCCAAAGAGACAACCUGCUGAAGUACUUCUACGCUAUUUCAAACAUUGACAUACCUGCAAGGUGUAAGUGUAACCUGCAUGCAUCUCAGUGUGUGUUACGUGAUACAACACUGCAGUGUCUCUGUGACCACAACACAAGCGGACAGGACUGCCAGCGUUGCAACAGAGGGUUCACACAACGCAGCUGGAGACCGGGAUCUUACCUACCCCUACCCAGAGGGAACAUAAACACCUGUGAUGAAGUCGAACCUGCACCCACGGCUGCUGACUCUUACUCCCCAGCAUCUGAUGGACCUUCUGCCUCAUCAGAUGGAGUGACUGACAAAACUACUACUACCACUACUCUUAGUGCCAGAGACAGUAGCACGGUCACACCAACAGUACUACCUAAUUCCGUUGUUGACAGUAUGGAUAACAGCCCCGCUACUACUGCAGACACUAUUAUGACUACCCCCGCUACUACUGCAGACACUAUUAUGACUACCCCCGCUACUACUGCAGACACCGUUAUGACUACCCCUGCUACUACUGCAGACACUAUUAUGACUACCCCUGCUACUACUGCAGACACUAUUAUGACUACCCCCGCUACUACUGCAGACACUAUUAUGACUACCCCCGCUACUACUGCAGACACUAUUAUGACUACCCCCGUUACUACUGCAGACACUAUUAUGACUACCCCCGCUACUACUGCAGACACUAUUAUGACUACCCCCGCUACUACUGCAGACACUAUUAUGACUACCCCCGCUACUACUGCAGACACUAUUAUGACUACCCCCGCUACUACUGCAGACACUAUUAUGACUACCCCCGCUACUACUGCAGAGACUUUUAUGACUACCCCCGCUACUACUGCAGAGACUUUUAUGACUACCCCCGCUACUACUGCAGAGACUUUUAUGACUACCCCCGCUACUACUGCAAACACUAUUAUGACUACCCCUGCUACUACUGCAGAGACUUUUAUGACUACCCCCGCUACUACUGCAGACACUAUUAUGACUACCCCCGCUACUACUGCAGACACUAUUAUGACUACCCCUGCUACUACUGCAGACACUAUUAUAACUACAUUCAUUUACAAGAGUACUACUUAUACAAGUACAGAAAGUCUGCUUACAGUAUCAGAUACAGCCAGUAGUUCUACGGACAGUGACCCAAGGAGUAUUACUACUGGUACCCCCAUGGUAUUUGACAGUGCUAAGACUAGCAGUAUGUCUGUGACUGACAUAAGUUCUACAGCUUUAUUUACUAGUUCUACUGGGGACUUCUUUGAAUUUGGUGUAGACUCUUUCACAGCAUCUAACUCUGGCACAGAAGUUCUUUCUGUUGUCAGUAGUACCGUCACUACUCCCAAAUCUGAUGCACUUCCUGACUUGAGCAAUACAGCAGGACCUUCAGCAGACACAGUUACAUCAAGCAGUCCAGCUCCGGCAACUGGAGACACCAGCAGUUCCAGUAUGACAGUCAGUAGCUCCAGUCUGACCCCGAGCAGCCCCACUGUACCAGGCAGCACUGGUGACCUGGGGAUGUCUGAUCCAGUGACUGAGCUCCGUGAGGCCACUUCAGACUACACUUUUUCUGCGACUGGUACUACCAGUGUGGUAACCAGUACUGUUACACCUUCUGUUGGUGCUGUGCCAUCUACUAGAUUCCCAAAUUCAACAACUCUUCCAGAAAUAACCCCAUCCAGAGACGCGGCUUCAUCUGGAGAUACCCAGCCUAAUGGGUCUGCUUCAACGGGUCAAGUGGAAAAUGGUUCACCCAAAGGAGGAGCUGACAGAGCUUCUGCUCCUCCCGAUGAUCCAGUCAAUAUAUCUCCUCUGGAUGUACCUCCUCCGGAUGUUCCAUUGGGAUCACCAUCUUGGGACCAACCUCCUCCUGACGUCUCACCCUCCACUGUAACUCCUCCUAAUAGUCUUCCUUCAGAUGCACCUCUUCCAGAUGUGUCAUUGGAUUUACCACCUGUGGAUAUGUCUCCUCCAAAUGUACCUUCUCUUGUUCUACCAUCCCCUGAUGUACUACCCCCAGAGGUGACUCUGCCUGAUAUACUUGUGGAAGUAGCCCCUACUGAUAUGCCUCCUCCUGAUGUACCUUCUCCAGAUGUUCCUCCGGGAGAGCCAGCCACUAAAUCUCAAGACACUUCAAUAGACUUACUUCCUCCUGAUACCCCUCCAUCAUACGUAAAUCCAGGAGUACCAUCCUCUACGAGUCCAACCACAUCUAUAGAGGUCCCUUCAGUGGACGUUACUUCAGAAGGGCCACCAUCAGAGAUUCAGGGUGCUUCAGUAGAUGGACUGCCUUCAGUUGCACCUUCUCUUGGUGGUUUUCUGCCAGAUGUAAUUCCUCCAGAUGUACUUCGUCCUCAGGUGCCUUCUGCAGAUGUACUUCCAGCAGCGUCACCCUCCAUAACUCCAAGCAAGCCAAUAGCACCUCCUUCUGAUAUAGCACCUCCAGAUGCACCUCCUUCCGAUAUAGCACCUCCAGAUGCACCUCCUUCUGAUAUAGCACCUCCAGAUGCACCUCCUUCUGAUAUAGCACCUCCAGAUGCACCUCCUUCUGAUGUAGCACCUCCAGAUGCGCCUCCUUCUGAUGUAGCAUCUCCAGAUGCACCUACUUCUGACGUAGCAUCUCCAGAUGCGCCUCCUUCUGACAUAGCACCUCCAGAUGCGCCUCCUUCUGACAUAGCACCUCCAGAUGCACCUCCUUCUGAUAUAGCACCUCCAGAUGCACCUCCUUCUGAUGUAGCACCUCCAGAUGCACCUCCUUCUAAUAUAGCAUCUCCAGAUGCGCCGCCUCCUGAUAUAGCACCUCCAGAUGCACCUCCUCCAGAUACACCUCCUACUGAUAUACCUUUUCCAGAUAUACCUCUUCCUGACAUACCUCCUCCUGAUGUAUCUCCAGUGCCAUCCUCUAGAACUGACAAGAAUUCAGUAGCUACAGCUCCUUCUGAUAUAUUUCCUCCCGAUGAAGCACCUAUUCCCAAUGGUAACAUUCAAGUUCCAGGUGCUCCUGUAGAGUCAUUCUUGCCAACCAUUGAAGGAGGAGGUGAUCGGGCAUCAGACGCAGUUUCUAUCACCUCAGAUCCAUCAAACCCUCCUGGUGAACCAGAUUCAGUUGAACCUGAACAAAGUUCAGCAUCAAGUUCUGAACAAGAAUCUCAGAGGCAGCAAAAAUCUUCUGAGGGGGAAUCAGCUGGACCUUCAGUUGGAUCACCAUCUGAGGAAAAGAAGGGUUCUGAACAAGAGAAGACAGUGGAAAUAAAAGACAAAAGCGAAGAGGGGAAGAAAAAACAAGACAAAGGCUACGAGAAAAAAAAAGUGACCCAGAAGAUUCUGGUUCCAGGAGGACCAAGCUUCAAUCAGCUGUCAAAAAUCAUUUACGUAAACUUCCAGGACUGCGAGUGCAAUGCUCACUCCAACCGCUGCAGCUACAUCGACUUCAUCAACGUGGUCACGUGUGUCAGCUGCAAACACAACACACGAGGCCAGAACUGCCAAUUCUGUCGCCUUGGUUACUAUAGAAACGCCUCGCUGCAACUGGACCAUGAGGACGUGUGCAUCGAGUGUGACUGCAGUCCAGAGGGCAGUGUGUCUCCUCACUGUUCAGACUCUGGUCUCUGUGGCUGUAAGACCGGAGGCGCUGGGCGGCGCUGUGACUCCUGUCUACCUGGGUACACCUGGAGAGAACUCCAAGCGACAUGCACAGAGAACGUGUGUGACUCAGAGCGGUUGGUGUGUCAGAAUGGAGGAACCUGUAUCGACUUCCAGCGCUGCAUCUGUCCAGACAACUUCUCUGGUGUUCUAUGUGAGCAGAGCGUCUGUCUGAAGAAAAAUGGCUGCCAGGGAGACGGAGAGAACUCAGCCUCCUCUUUGACGUCACACCUGUUCCUUCUGAUCGUCGGUCUGGUCUGUUCCUUCCUCGGUUGAUCCUGCCCAACAUCAGAGACCACACCCACUUGUGAAAUCACAGUUAUAUUAAACAGGAAAUA